UAUGUAAAAAAGGAAUUUCUUAAAGAGUGCCUUGAAAUUGUAGAAAAAGAGUUCAAAGGCGAUGUUAAGAAGCUUGGAGCGAGAAUCGUCGCUCUUGAGAAAGACAAAGAGGAGAAGGAUGGCCGGUUAAAAACCCUUGAGGGUGAAAACCAAGAGAUGAAAAAAGACAUAAAGAAACUGAAGAGGAAAAAUAUUGUUUUGGAGAAAAAAUCCAAACAGUCGGAAAAAGUUCCUGAUGCUGAUGGCAGCGACCGGCAAUCUCCAGUGCAAUCUACCGUGCAAUCUACCGUGCAAUCUACCGUGCAAUCUACCGUGCAAUCUACCGUGCAAUCUCCCGUGCAAUCUCCCGUGCAAUCUCCCGUGCAAUCUCCAGCACAAUCGCCAGCCCAAAUCCAUCCUGUGGCUUCUGUGGUGUCUCCUGCCAACCCACAGGGCCCAGCACAAGGUCAAGGGCAGUCACCGAGACGUUCCCCCCGAUCGCCCCAAAUGCCAUCCCGUUUAAGUUACGAUUCCUCCCAUUCUAGCGGGCAAAGAAAGAAAAAGAAAAGUCCUAGCAAGAAGUUUUGGAAUGACUACAAGAAGUUAAUCGCAAAAGGAGAAAAAAUAUCGGCUAACUGCAUCAAAACCGGGAAAAAACUGAGAGACGAAACCGCAAAAGCAAAGCGUUAUUACAACGCAAAAGUAAGACGAGCUCUAUCAAGUUCCUCUUCAACCGGUAGCUCAUCAUCUCGUUCAUCUACGUCUGGAGGUCAAUCUCCUGCCAGACGCACCCCACCUAAAGAUCCUGCCCGCCGAAAAAAACUCCCCUCCACAAAUUCUUUUCAAAACUUUUCAUUUCGAGCUUCACCCCCUGCUCAGGAGUCUAGUCCACAACUCUCCAUCACCUCAUCUUUUCAAAAUUUCUCUCUAAAUGGAAAUUCUCCGAUUUGUGAUGCUGCCUCUGCUCAGAAUUCUCCUGCAGAAGUCUCCAUCGCCUCUCCUGUUAGACGAACCUUUUUGAUGCUCGGUGCUGCAAGUGCUGUGCCUGUUACAGCUCCAAGGUUGUCCUCUAUUCGAAGGAGGCUAUCUUUCAACACUUCUAACACGGAUGCUGCCGUUGCCUGUAAGUCGGUUCACUUUUCUUAG